AUGACUCCCAGAAUGUUUGAGCCAGGCUGUACAUAUAAGCUCACUUAUUUUAAUCGGCGUGGAAUAGCUGAAAUUGUUCGAAUACUUUUCAAUUAUGUUGGACAACACUACGAAGAUCAACGAAUUAGCUGUGAUGAUUGGGCAAAACUCAAGGCCAAUUUAAAAUUCGGUGUAUUGCCGGUACUUGAAGUUACUGCCGCGAAUGGGGUAAAGCAUGAGCUGAGUGAAAGCAUGGCUAUAGCCAGAAUAGUUGCUAAGCAUUACGGACUUAUGGGAAAAUCUGACUGCGAAUACUACUUAAUUGAGUUGGCUCUCGGAAUUAGACUGCAAACUGCAUUAAAACUUCGAGAAGGAAACUUCUUUGCAGGGCACUCGGUUACGCUUGCUGACCUCCUAGCAAUUAAUACUUACGAUGCCGUAAGCGUCAUAACUCCAACGCUUAUAGAGUCUUCAUUCUCCGACCUCGCUUCUCACAAAAAGGACGUGGUUUCUACAAGCAAACACUUGCAGGAAUACCUAAAAAAUCGCCCAGUCACGCCAUUUUAG